AUGUCUUCGGAAGCUCCUCUCCCUCAUGACGGAGCCGAAAGGCCCGAUAGUCAAUUGCCACAACAACCGCAAACGUCUCGCCAGACUCAGAAGCCGUCCAGAGUAUGUCGCUUCUACAACACCCAGAAAGGCUGCCGCGCAGGAUCUCAAUGUCCCUUUCGACAUGUCGAGCCUAAAGCCCAGACAGCGACUACAAAGUCAGAUCCGUUAAACGCACCAUCGUCUGUGGCUAGUCAAAACUUGGCCCCUCGACCGAAGCCGAGUGUCAACAAGCCUGUGCCUGUACAGAAGCCGACAUCACAAUUACAACGACGUGACCCUCGAGAAUUCCAAAUCACUCAACUCGUCAAGCGUUUCUCACCGAUUAGACAGGAGUUAGAAGAUUGUACUAUUCUCUCCUUGGCACUGAAACCAUCUGAUCCCGAUUUUCCAUUUGACUUGAGUGAUCUUCAAUGUAAACUGAGGAUCCCAAAGUCAUAUCCGAGUGGCGACAAACCUUCCUUGCGAGUUAUCAAUGAUGAGAUGCCCCGUGGAUAUCAGAUUAAUGUGGAAAAUGGCUUCGCCGCUCUCGCUUCACAGUCUCCUCAGAAGGCAUUGCUAUCGUUGAUGAAUGAUCUGGACAGAAACCUGGAAAAAUUCUUGACCUCGGAAAAGGCACAAACAAUCAAGAUCAUUUCCAAUGCUCAGAAGAAGGCCCCCGAGCCUUUAACGAGAUUACCCACUCCUCCUCUGCCAGCUUCUGAAGCUUUGCCGAUCGCUGCCCCAGUACCUGCCUGGACCUCACAACAAAAGACCGAUGCUCAAGCGAAGAGGCAAUCUGAUAUUCGACAGCUGGAGGCUCGCAUGGGCCGCGUACCUCAUUUUUCGAAGAAUUCCGAUUCGACUCUCUACAACGUUCCAAUCCAGAUUUCUAAACCAGGAAAGCUCCCUGCCAACCUCCAACCACUCAAAGAAGUCUCUCUGUCUGUACCAAAACUGUACAAUCUUGAGCCUUGCACGAUCCAGCUAAAAGGAGUCAAUGGCCCAGAAGUCGAAACUGUUCAGUUCGCAUUUGAGAAUUAUGUUCGAGAGCAUUCUGAAAUGACUCUCAUGGCUCAUGUCAAUUACUUGACACAGAACAUCCGAACCUUGGCUUCGCAACCCCUAGUGAAGUCGCAGCCAGCCUCCAUCACACCUUCACUAUCGCAAGAACACUCUCAAGCGGAGCGAGAGGAGGCAAUCUUAUCUGAUCCCAGUGAAAACAAUGCAGCCGGUGGAAAGAUGGUGGAUCCCGAUCGACCACACCUGAAGAUGAUCUCGCGCCCACCUGAAUGGGACAACGAUACCGGUUCAGACAGUGAUUCAGACACCUCAUAUGAUUCUGAUGAAUACACCGAGUCGGACAGCAACGAAGAGAAUGAGCACGUGGAUGAAGGAGGUGCUGCUCUACCCGUCUCAUCUGCUCCCGUGGAUAAAGGUGUUCAUUUAUCCUUUCCAGGCUUGGAGCUAUACAAUAUCGAGCUAUUAACGAUUGUGUCCUUGUCAAUCUCGGUCAAAUGUCUUCGAUGCAAAACCCAACUUGACAUCCAAAACGUGAAGGCAAGCGAUCUAGCACAGUCCACCACAAUCAGCACUCGGACCGAAACCUGCUUGAAAUGCACGACACCUUUCACGAUAUCCUUCAUCCCAAGCCCGUUGCACGCCAACACCAUUCGUGCUGGCACUAUCGAUGUUGCAGGCUGCACCAUUAGCGAUCUUCUACCGAGCAUGUUCCAGCCGACGUGCUCGUCCUGUUCGUCUACAUUCUCUGCGCCACCUGGAAUGGUGUCUGUCCGCGGAGACAAGCCAAUUCAAGUAUGCAGGUCUUGUCAUGCGAAGAUGAGCUUCACCAUUCCUGAGGUCAAGUUUCUGCGGGUUUCUAAUCAUAGUGCCGCACUACCACUGCGUAAAGCGAAGAAGGAGAAUCUCGGUAUAUCUGCAGGCACUCCAUUGCCCGAAAAAGGCACUUGUCAGCAUUACAAGCACAGCUACCGUUGGUUUCGCUUCGGAUGCUGCAACCGUGUGUACCCAUGCGAUCGAUGCCACGAUGCAGCCGAGUCACAUGUCAAUGAGCACGCAGACCGUAUGGUUUGUGGAUGGUGCAGUCGUGAACAGCGAUUCAGGACAGAAGACUGCGCCGUCUGUGGACACAGUUUGAUGCGGCGACGCAGAGCAGCUGGUGGCUUCUGGGAAGGUGGUCAAGGCACGCGGGACAAACGACUGAUGAGUAGGAAAGAGAAGAGGAAGUACAAGCGUCCACCCGGAUCGGCAGUUGGGAAGAAGGCAUAA